UGACAUUGGCAGAUUAAAGCUCUCUAGUGGGGAAGGGCUUAAAGGCUGAGUCAAAAGCCAAGAAGUCUCUUUAUUUACGCCUACUUCCCAGCCCCUGGCAAUCUGACUAAUAACAAACUGAGCUAACAAGAAAGACUAGAAAGAACAGAGAGAACACAGGAGCAGCUUGCAUCUAAAAAUCUGACAAACCAAGUGAUCAAGUCAAGCUCUGCUGAGCAUCUUGUUUGUUUACUGCAUCCAAAUGCUUGCAAACAGUUAACUAUAUGCAGAAAAGUCAGCCUAGCUGUGAAGUAUGCUGUGAAUUUUAAUUGAGGAAAAAGGACAACUGCUUACAGGAUGGUCUGACGUGCACGGCUGCCUGAAAGAUUUUUUCAAUCGAACGCUUUGUACUUUGUCUUCUGAACAAGGAUUUUAACUUUAUGGAGCUGUAACAUUACCGGAGCUUACAGCAAAGCGAAACUCAAAAGAAAGUGUGCAUUUUUCAGAGGGGAAAAUUGCAUUACAUGGAAACAGCUACUCCAACUGUGCAUUACUGAGUGUAUCACAGAGUCUUGCUGCUGUACAGACUCUGCUGGACAAGAUGAAGCUUUGGAUUUUUGUUCUAUGCUCAAUUGUGGUUGCAUCUGAUCCUUUCCAGUCACAGCCUUCUUUUUCUUCAGUCAGAGGAUCUUGUCAGAGUCUGUGCUCCUGUGAAGAAAAGGAUGAUACCAUGAUCAUCAACUGUGACAAAAGAGACAUCAAGACGAUAUCGGAAAUAAAUGUUCCACCAUCACGGCCUUUCCAUCUUAAUCUGUUAAACAAUGGUCUGAGUAUGUUACACGUGAAUGAUUUUGCUGGCCUUGUUAAUGCUAUUUCUCUGCAUCUUGGUUUUAACAAUAUAGCAGAUAUUGAGCCUGGGGCUUUCAAUGGUCUCAGCCUUCUAAAGCAACUUCAUAUCAAUCACAAUUCUUUGGAAACACUUAAAGAAGAUACGUUUAAUGGAUUGGAAAAUUUGGAGUUUCUUCAAGCAGACAACAAUUUCAUCACAGUGAUUGAAGCAAGUGCCUUUAGCAAGCUCAACAGGCUUAAAGUGCUUAUUUUGAAUGAUAAUGCUAUCGAGUAUCUUCCUCCAAACAUAUUUCGUUUUGUGCCAUUGACCCAUUUAGAUCUGCGUGGAAACCAGUUACAGACACUGCCCUAUGUUGGCUUUUUGGAACACAUUGGAAGAAUACUAGACCUUCAGUUGGAAGACAACAAAUGGGCCUGUAACUGCGAUUUGUUGCAGCUGAAGAUAUGGCUAGAGAACAUGCCUCCUCAGUCCAUAAUAGGUGAUGUUGUGUGCAACAGCCCUUCAGUUAUCAAAGGCAGCAUAUUAAGCCGACUGAAAAAAGAAUCACUAUGUCCCACCCAUCCUGUUAAUGAACUUGAAGACCCUUCAGGAUCACUGCCCUUGGUUGUAACCACCUCUAUGAGUGAUAAUCAUCUAUCCACUAAGGUGAUUCCUCUCCUGAAAGCUCCUACUAAAGAACCAAGUUUAGUGCUUCAUACUUCCAAGCCUACUACGUUUCCAGGAAUCUCUUGUCCUGUCCCUUGUCACUGCACCAGCCAUAUGCUCUCAGGAGUUCUUAUGCACUGCCAGGAGCGAAAUAUUGAAAGCUUGUCUGAUUUAGGACCCCCUCCUCCAAAUCCUAAAAAGCUUAUCCUAGCUGGAAACAUUAUUCAGAUGUUAUUGAAAUCAGAUCUUGUGGACUAUGCCAGCCUGGAAAUGCUUCACCUGGGGAACAAUCGCAUUGAGAUCCUUGAGGAAGGUUCCUUCAUUAAUCUGACUAGACUACAGAAACUAUAUCUCAAUGGCAAUCAUCUUACAAAGCUGAGUCAGAAUCUCUUCCUUGGCCUUCAACACCUUGAGUACUUGUACCUUGAAUAUAAUGCCAUCAAAGAAGUUUUGCCAGGGACGUUUAAUGUAAUGCCAAAACUGAAAGUUCUCUACCUAAAUAACAACCUUCUUCAGGCUUUGCCACCCCAUAUCUUUUCAGGUGUUCCCCUCACCAGAUUAAAUCUGAAAACAAACCAAUUUGCUCAUUUACCUGUGAGCAAUGUCUUGGAUGAACUGGAUAUGCUGGUACAAAUUGAACUUGAAGACAACCCUUGGGACUGUACUUGUGAUUCAGUUGGACUGCAAAAAUGGAUACAAAAAUUGAGUAAGAAUACCAUGAUGGGUGAUAUUUUUUGUAAAUCUCCUGGGCACUUAGCAAAAAAAGAAUUGAAAUCUUUAAACAGUGAAGUCUUGUGUCCAGAUUUAAUAAACAGCCCUGCGCUACCAACUCAUGCCAGUUUUGUAGUUGUGACAACUUCUUCUCCUACUGCCAGCACUGCAGACACCAUCCUGCGGUCCCUCACAGAUGCUGUCCCACUUUCUGUUCUAAUAUUAGGACUGCUCAUUGUGUUUAUAACUAUUGUAUUUUGUGCAGCAGGAAUAGUUGUUCUGGUUCUGCACCGGCGCCGAAGAUGCAAAAAGAAACAAGCGGAUGAACAAGUGAGGGACAGCAGCCCUGUCCACCUUCAGUACAGCAUGUACGGGCACAAGACAACGCACCACACCACGGAGCGCCCAGCUGCCACUCUCUACGAGCAGCGAAUUGUUACCCCCAUGGUUCAGGUGUACCACAGCCCCUCCUUCAGCCCCAAGCAUACUGAGCAGCAGCAGGAGGAGGGAAGUGAGAAGGAAGCUAAUGAUUCCAAAUAUCUUCGCCGAAGUCUCCUGGAAAGAGAGAACAGCUCACCACUUACAGGUCCAAAUGUCAAAUACAAGGCAGCAGAUCAAUCUGCUGAAUUUCUGUCUUUUCAGGAUGCUAGCUGCUUGUAUAGAAACAUUCUUGAAAAAGAGAGAGAACUGCAGCAACUAGGGAUCACAGAGUACCUAAGAAAAAAUAUUGUCCAGUUCCAGCCUGAUAUGGAAGUUCGUUAUCCUGGAACACAUGAAGAGUUGAAGCUAAUGGAGACCCUCAUGUACUCCAGGCCCAGAAAGGUUUUUCUAGAACAAACUAAAAAUGAGUAUUUUGAACUCAAGGCUAAUUUACAUGCUGAGCCUGACUAUCUGGAAGUCCUGGAGCAGCAAACGUGAAGUGAUAAUACAUUGUCUGGGGCAGAAUUUCGGUGGUUUUACUUUAAGGUGGAAUCAUUGUAAAUAAAAGUGCCUUAUAAUAACAUGUCAACAGUCAGAACUUAAGCACAGCAGUAAUCCUAGCAAAGAAAAACUCAGGGAUCACUGUGGGAAGCCAUGGGGUUGUGUGCAGGCAAUAUAUCACACCCCAAGUUAAACAUGAAUUUUGUGUGAUUGAAUUGUGGGUGGAAGAUUGCUUAUUGCAGUAUUCCUCUUUUUGAAAAGGUCUGUAUGCCACUCUCCAUUCUGUUCUCUCUUUCCCAACCCAUGGAAAAAAAUGUUCAUUUCCUUUAUCCCUUCUUUUUUUCCCUCAAUUUAAUUAGAUUUCUUUUAAAAAAAAAAAAGACCAAAAAAAAAAAAAAGAAAAAGAAAACCCCAACACUUGUGUUUGUACUUAUAACCUUAGAGUGUAUACGUUAGGUUAGUACAUGCACGGCAUAUUUGACCACUGUCCACAACUACACCUAACAUACCUUUGUAAUAAAGGAGUUGAAAAGUUGUCAUACUAAAUGUCAGUUAAAAAGGAAAAAAGAUAAAAUAUUUUUGUGUAUUCACCCAGAGCCUGCAAAUAUUUAAGUAUUUUACACAGAAGUUCAUGUGCAUUCUAUAUCAGUAUGUGGAAGGAAAAAUAUGUAACUAUGUUUACCCAACAUCUUCAACACAGAAAACUGCAAACCUUUUGCUACUUUCCCUAUCUGAUAGCUUUACUUAAGUUUGGACAAUCUUUUCUUGAACUGCUGCUAUAAAAUAUUGUGUAUCACUGGUGUUUCAACUCAUAAUCCUGGGCAAUUUGAAAAGCUACUGAGAAUCAGCUGUAAAUAUGUUACUGUGUUCAAUAAGUUUGAUUUUUUUUUUUUAAAUGGAUAUACAUAUGUAUAUAAAUAACUUCUGUGCUGGCUUUAAAUAUUCUUGAAGGAAAUGAGUUUGCUGUGGCUAGGAAUUUCCAAGUGCAUAUACAGGUUCUUUUCCACCAUAACCAAAAGCAACGCUCGAACAGAAUAACUGCAACAAUACACACAUGAGGAAGAAUAAUAGUAUUUAGCUAUUUGUACAAAAAUAUAUUUUCUGAAAUUAGAAGAGAACAAAAUGUUGUGGGCAGUAUAGAUUACAAACACGUAGAACACUGCAGGUUUAUUUUUGCAAUGAAUUCUCACUGGAUUUAUAUUUACUAUUUAUUCUGUAUAAUUUUGUAUUUUUUCUUUCCAACUCACAAGAAAAGAAAAAGCUUAUUCCUGGCUGAUUUUCAAGCUAAUCAAUGAACUGGUCUCUAUUAAUGAAAACGAAAUAAAGAGUUUUUUAAAUGUCUUUUUCUUAAAGGUCACUUUUUAAAGAAGGCAGCAGCUUUUGCAUGCACAAGUUCAAAACUACUCGGUAAUUAAAAGACAGUGAUUCUCACUCUUGUCAUAUGGACAGAAGCAUCUUAUUCUGAGUGCAGUAAGGCCAUUCAAUUUAUGUGCAUGACUGACAUGGUGCCAAAACACAAUUUCUGACCUGCAUUGAUCUUCCUCCAAGCAAAUAUUUUGUAAACUGACUAUGCAUGAGAUUUUCUUUUCUAAUUCCUCUUUGUAAAAUGAAAAAUCAACUCAAUUACUACAUGUAUACAUAUGUAUGCUAUAUUUAGCAUUGAAGUCUUGAUAAAUUCAAAGUAAAAGGAUAUAUUCUUUAGUUCAAAAUACUGUCCAUGUCUUACCUAUUUGUAUAUAUAAAUAAGAGUUCUUCAUAUUCUUCUACAUAAGUUUCUUACAGAAAAAAAUCCUAUAUUACGUAUGAAAAUCAGAUUCUCAGUUCUUUCAAAUUUGUAUAGACAUAACAAAUUUUAUGGUGCUAUAUUGAUAUAUGUAGUUUGAGGAUCUGACCACAUUUUGUCUCUGCUAACAAAUCAACUUCCUUAUUAAUAUUUUUGAGGUGUCACCAGUUUGUUUUGGAAGUAAAACUUGUUGGCUUAGAAAAAUCAAAAUUUCAGUUUUUGAAGAAGAAAUAUUAUUUCUUCUUUCUAUAUCUGAAAAUAUUUUAUUCAGAAAAUCUGUCUAUUUUGGAAGUAUAUGAAAAGUAAAUGUGAUGACAACAUAUUUGUUUCAUUGCUAUCUUUAUUCCAGACAAUGGAAGACAAUGUUGAGUAUUGCUUGUGCAGGUACGGGUAAGAAAAAAAGAGAAAAUUUAGGUGCAAUAACUUUGCAUUAAAUUAUUUAUGUUAUGUUAUUUUAGAUGUACUUGCAUAUUUAAACACAUGUAAAAUGUGCUCCAUGAACGUGACAUAGAAUCUAAGGAAACCUAUGCCUUGAUCUGGAGGAUCAACUGGGAAGCCAGUGGGAUGGUUUAGAGCAUCAAAAUAACAGCAGAUGUCUCCAUUUAAAGAAUUUAGUUUCACACAGGAAAAAAUUACAAAUAAAUUUAUUAUAUGGAAUAAUUAAAUGCAGUUUAAAACUGGAUUUAUUUAACAGAAAUAGCACUAGAAACUUUGAAUACUGAAUCAGACCCAUUAAAUUGAUCUUUUUCAAAUUCUCAGAGAUCUCAAAUUAGUGUAGAGAAAAAAAUCAGAAUACAAAAGUGAAUGGUAUACUUGAUAACAGAAUUUAUUAUUUCAGUGUCUUUGGUUUCAGUAGUUAUUUCCAAAUAAAAAAUGUGUGUAAAAAUAACACCCUGCAGUUGGCAAGAUACAGGGAAAUGGUGAUUCAAGCCCUCAGGCUUAGAUUUAAGAGAAAUAGCUUCAGACUAAAGACAAUUGCCACAUGCACAGAUGUCACUUUGCUUAGCUGCUAACAGUUACUUGGCAGAAUGCUGAGGACAACUGUGUGGCAAACAUUCUUUUCCCUUGCAGUCCCAAAGCAUCAGAAAGAAGAGUGAGCUAAAUUGAUGUCAAAGCAAGUCAGUUAAACAGCUGUAUCAGAGUCUCCCACAGCAGGAUUAAAGAGACCUUUACCAUUUAGCUUUCCUUCAGAAGGGAGAGCCAUGCCUUUCACUCGAUAAGGACAACGGUGCUCUGUGGCAGUCUGCAACACCACAAGUGGUUUGGCAGUAUCCAGGAAUCUCUAGGAUGUGACUCGCUGUCCACUUUCCUAUCAUCAUGUUGCCUACUGGGCUGCCAUGUAGUGAGUUUUUAUAAUGAAAUGAGAAGGGAUUGCCUAUUGCCUUACAUUCAGAUAGUGAUUUUUCCAACUAUGAGGAAAAUUCGCGCUGCCAUAACAAAAAAGGACAAACGUUUGACCUUAUAUGAUCAUUCCUCAGCUAAAGAAAAUAAUUUUCUGUUUACAAAAAUAAAAUCAUGACAAAAGAAAGGCAUCACAUAAGAAAGAAAGAUGUGAUAUCUAUUUCUAAAAGUUUCUUGGAAUAUUAUAACAACCGGAAAUAUGUUGUUAAUGUUAUUGAUGUUUGCAGAAAGCCAGCAAGGGUAUUCAUGAUUUUUCUUGUUAAAACCCCAUUGUCAUUUUUUUCCUCAGUGACAGGCGCAGCUAAGUGUUUUGAUACAUUUUUACUUAGCUAGAAUAAUGGAGGUUGGAAGGCAAAGCAUGUUUGAUGGCGUGCAACAAAGUGGAUCCAUUUUUCUCCUGUCAGCAUGAUAGUUUAAUUGAGUGCAAGAACAGUGCUUCGUCAAGCACGCUGGUGUAAGUGGCAGCUAUGUUAUUGUUGCUAGGGUACCUCAAAGUAACCAACUCUACCAUUUUUCACCUCACAUUUGAGUGCAGAAAAUAUAUUAAAUAAUACCACAGAUCUGUUACCUAAACAAACAUAAUAAAGCAAUUAAUUGCACUUUUUAUUUUAAACUGUUCUUAUAUUUUCAACUUCAUAGAAGACAAAUGCAUUUCUCUUACUUUUUCUUCCUGCUACAGGUAAUUUUCCCACAGAUUUUAGUAUAGUAUUUGACUAUAUUGCCUACAGUGAUGCCUCUCUAAGCUUUUUAAAAGAAAUAAUACCCAGACACACCCUAUCCAACAGACUAUAAAUAUACACAUCAGUUAAGGUAUUUGCUUAUUCAGAAAUAGGCCUAAUAUUUUUAUACAUAUUUAUCCAUUUGAAAGACAGCUCAACCUUUCCGUCAUCUCUUUUAGACUGAAAACUGGUUUUUACUUUUUUUCAGUGAUAUGUCAACCUAUCAGAUUCAAAUAUAAUCCUUUUUAACUUGCAGUCAUUGUUUCUCUGAUUGGAAUCUGAGGAUCAGUUUUCAAUCCCUCUUUGCAUGACAGAAAUGUUCCCUGUGUGACUCCAAAUAGAAGAUGCUUGCCAUGUACCACUUACUUACCUACAAAGAGAUUACUAAUUGUACAGUAUACUUAAACUGAAGAAAUAAGUUUGACCAGGAUGGGAAACCACACCACCUUAGAAAGAUCCAUUUAUCAUGUGCUAAUAAAAAAAUUCUAUUUACCACAAAGAAGACAUAAUUUCACAGGAUAAAGUAAUAGUGGCAAGAGGAAAGUGGAGACUGAAUCUCAAAGUCAUCACCAGAAGGAAUUCUGGAUUAUCAUUCUGAGGAUGUCAAUGUCUACAACAACAUACUUCAUCAGUCACACCGAAACAAUCUGCAAGUUUCAGUACAGAUGUACUGAAAUCAUCCUGAGAUUAAAGACCAAUCAAACAAUUCAAAAGAUCAGAAACUGUUUUAAGACUGGCACAAAUGUCUCCCUAACACAGAAUAUCUACAUUUCCAUUAAUGAAUUUCAUGCUCAGCCAUAGACUACCCUCUGGCAUUACGAUAUAUUGCAACUGAAAUGUACUCAGAGAGUUUUUCAAUGUAUACGUUGCCUUCAGUGGUGAGUUCCUCUAGGACCUGAUUGGUGCUCCACUGGGGAUUUGAGACAGGGAAGAUAAUCGUGUGUUAUAAGUCAAAAACUGCAUUCUUUUUCAAUUUUCCAAAGUUUAUGAUAUUCUUUAUGUUCUUUGAGCAAAUCCUUUUGUUCCUUAAAACAGAAGUUAACUGUAGCUGGAAUCAAUAUGGCGAAGUUCAUCUCCAUACUGAAAAGAUAAAGCAUGGUGUUUUCUUUCCUGCACAUCUCCUAACAGUCAGCCUUGGCUUUUUGACACAACAGAACAAAUUCUAAAGAGCCACAGUCUAAUGGAAAGCAGCUAACCUCGAGGAAGAACAUAAAAGGCCAGAUGCUGUUCAGCUCUAUGAAAGCAAGAUGUGAUGAAGAAUUUUUAUUUCAUUUAUUCAACUCCACCAAGAUGCAAGAGUGCAAGUACAUGCGCACAGUGCAUUUCAUAAAACAUUUACCAAAGUUUCAUGUUCUAAGACAUUAACUUCAAAACAUCCACAGUAUGUGAAUAUUACUACUGCAAGGACUACUUCUAUUGCAUUUUUACUUAUAGUUUAAGAAAUGGAAUACAGAAUAGAAGAAACAAUACAGUUUUAUGUUUCAAGGAGAAAUGUUAUUUAUUACAACUUCAGCUGUUUGUUUUUGUUGAAAAAUUCAUCCAGAUUAUUUCAUUUUCCGAUAAUUUUUUUUACAAGUUGAAAAUUUUUUAAAUCCUUCUACUUGUGAUUAUUUACCAAUAAACUGCAGAAGAGUAGAUAAUUAGGUUUUCAAGUAGAAAGAAAUCUGAAAUCUUUUAUAUAUGAAGAAAUCUUACCGCAUGCUGGCAUAAACUUUCUUUUUAAAAGAAACUAUGAAAUGUAUUUUGCCAGCUUAUAAAAGUUAAUAUUAUUUUUUAUUUUAAAUUAAGAACUCAGCAUGUUUCCAUUUUUCAAAAUUCAAAGCCAACAUAACAGUCUAAUAAUGACACAUAUUUGGGUUGAAUGCAUAGGAUUAGAAUGGUUCCAUUCUAAGACAUAUUAACAAAAAAAAUGCUGUCAUAUAUAAUCUGCUACGUUCCCUCAUUUUCCCUACUAAAAUGAUGUAGUGUACUAUGCACAAUAAAACAACAAAAAAAGUACUUUUCCUGGGCAAGGAGACCAGACUAGACAAAUUUUUUUAUAUCUUUGUUAUGUAACUUUUUUGGAGAGUAAAAUAUAAUGGAUUCCCAUCCCUACAGCACAGAAUGCUUACACAAUUCAUAUGGCAUGCCAAACAGAAGGAUUUUGCCUAGCUAGUAGUCUGUGCAAGCAUUCACUUUUCUAAGUGCAAGGCUGUUGCCACUGCACUUUCAAAAAAUCUUGUGUGUCAAAUAUUCUUUAGAUAUACCUGUUAGAUCAGACCCCAUAGAUAUCAGAUAUUUAUGAAACUUGAUACAAGAAGUUUCAAACUUGAUACAAACAAGAUUCCAAGUUGACAAAUCUGGGCUACUUGGACUCCAGACACCCUGGAAUUUUGGGUACUUGGAGGAGAGUGAAAAACGUCCAUAAUUUUUAUAGAGGAAAGGUUCUUGAGCAAGAGUUAAAGACUUAGAUUGCAUUUCUUGAGUUCAUUUCGCUCAUCUUGAGGUGCUCAAUGUUCCAUAGUGCUGUAUCACAUUACUUAAGGAUGAAUAUAAAACAUUACUAAAUCCAAAAUGUAGCAUUUAGAUGCCAUUCUUCACAAAAGGUAAAUGUUUCCAUGAAAUAAUAAUGAAAUUAGGAUUAAUAUUUGAAGAUUUUAAUUGCCUCAUGUGUUACACAAGUGUCUUUAAGUAAUACAUCACUUCAGAAGAAAUGGGGGGAGGUGGCAUUGCUAUCUAUUGAUCACUCACACACUCAGAUUUCCUGAAGGGAGAUGUUUUGCAGAGGAUAACUAUCUUCAAGCUCCCAUACAUGAUAACAUGAAAGCUAAAUCAUAUUUAUAGAUCCUAAAGUAAUUUUUUAUUAUAGGCUAUGAGGACUGAAAUGCCAUCUGAAGUUGGACUUCUUGCAGUCUCAGAUUCCAUGAUUAUUUUUAUUCAUAAAAAUUCCUACAGAAUAUACAGAAGCUUUAUUGUUUUCCUGUAUAAAAGUAAUCAUGUAAAGAAAAAAUUCUCCUCUGAGUUUUUUAUUAAUGCCCUGAUCCAAUGGUCAUUAAAGCUAAGGAAUUUUGUUUUUCAGAUGCAGAGUGAUGCAGAAACAUCUCAGAAGUCUACGGUUUUGUCUGCACAUUUACACAUAGAAAAGAAAGUACAUACAAAAUCAUUGGGCUGUUGCUGCACGCAAUUCUUUUUCAAACAGCAUAUGGUGGAACCAGAAAAGACCAGUGCCUGUUCUUAACUAUAAGACCUGGCCAUAUGUCAAAAAUUACCUCAUAAUUUUUUUUCUGAAAACGCCCAUGACACAGUCUCCUGAAAAACUAAAUGGCAUGUGUCUGUUUUUCCUCCUCAUUUUUUCUAACAUCUAAGUAUGCUAAGAAGAUCACAGUGUGGGUUAUAAAGCUAAAUGUGAAUUGUGAACACAUAAAAGACAAUGGAAUAAUAAGAAAACCUUCUUCACUACUGCAGCACUGAGAUACAGUACCUAAAGUACCCAUGGAACCCCAGCCCCUUGAAGCAGGAGGCUGGACUAGACAGGCUCCAGAGGUCCCUUCCAGGGACAGUAUCUGUGCUUCCAAUAUGAUCCUGCAAAUGACUUUUCUAGGGCAAAAUAGUCUACAGUCCUUCUUUUCUAUAAACAGGCUUUCAGAACAUGAAAUUAAUGAAAAAGGUAAUAUUCACCAAACAUUAUCAUGAAAUAAAAGCUUUUCACAUAACUCCUGUAAGAUACAGAGAUGCAGUAAUAUGAAUGCUACAUCAAGCAAACAGUACUUCUCUGAUAGCGGUAUAGUGGUGAUGGUGUACUGUGGCUUCCUAAGUUUAUUAUUAAAAACACUUUCUUCCAGAAUAGAUGACUUCAGAUUUCUAAAUAAAAUGCUGACAAUAUUUGAAACACUUAAA